AUGAAUGUGAGGCAGGUAGUGACAGGUAAUGCACUGACGUAUGAGUUAGAUAUGAAUGUGAGGCAGGUAGUGACAGGUAAUACACUGACGUAUGAGUUAGAUAUGAAUGUGAGGCAGGUAGUGACAGGUAAUACACUGACGUAUGAGUUAGAUAUGAAUGUGAGGCAGGUAGUGACAAGUAAUACAUUGACGUAUGAGUUAGAUAUGAAUGUGAGGCAGGUAGUGACAGGUAAUACACUGACGUAUGAGUUAGAUAUGAAUGUGAGGCAGGUAGUGACAGGUAAUGCACUGACGUAUGAGUUAGAUAUGAAUGUGAGGCAGGUAGUGACAGGUAAUGCACUGACGUAUGAGUUAGAUAUGGAUGUGAGGCAGGUAGUGACAGGUAAUACACUGACAUAUGAGUUAGAUAUGGAUGUGAGGCAGGUAGUGACAGGUAAUACACUGACGUAUGAGUUAGAUAUGAAUGUGAGGCAGGUAGUGACAGGUAAUGCACUGACGUAUGAGUUAGAUAUGAAUGUGAGGCAGGUACUGACAGGUAAUACACUGACAUAUGAGUUAGAUAUGAAUGUGAGGCAGGUAGUGACAGGUAAUGCACUGACGUAUGAGUUAGAUAUGAAUGUGAGGCAGGUAGUGACAGGUAAUGCACUGACGUAUGAGUUAGAUAUGAAUGUGAGGCAGGUAGUGACAGGUAAUGCACAGACGUAUGAGUUAGAUAUGAAUGUGAGGCAGGUACUGACAGGUAAUACACUGACAUAUGAGUUAGAUAUGAAUGUGAGGCAGGUAGUGACAGGUAAUGCACUGACGUAUGAGUUAGAUAUGAAUGUGAAGCAGGUAGUGACAGGUAAUGCACUGACGUAUGAGUUAGAUAUGAAUGUGAGGCAGGUAGUGACAGGUAAUGCACUGACGUAUGAGUUAGAUAUGAAUGUGAGGCAGGUAGUGACAGGUAAUGCACUGACGUAUGUGUUAGAUAUGAAUGUGAGGCAGGUAGUGACAGGUAAUACACUGACGUAUGAGUUAGAUAUGAAUGUGAGGCAGGUAGUGACAGGUAAUACACUGACGUAUGAGUUAGAUAUGAAUGUGAGGCAGGUAGUGACAGGUAAUGCACUGACGUAUGAGUUAGAUAUGAAUGUGAGGCAGGUAGUGACAGGUAAUGCACUGACGUAUGAGUAG